AUGACAUCUAAAAAGAUGAGCAGGAUGUUCUCCCGGAGGAGUCUGAAGAGAAAAGGCACGACCUCCACGUGGAUCGUGUUGAAGGAAGCGGAAAAGUGUUACGUCACCAAAAUGGUGUUCAUGGCGCUACUGUUUUUCAGCAUGGUGACGUCACUCACUGCAGUGUUAGCGACGGGAACGUUAAAAUCGUUCGUUGUUAUCAAGGCCAAGACGGCGCUAAGAAGCGCUCCAGCAAACCCUUCCAGAAUGCUGAGCAUCGAAAUGCGCGGGAACAGCAACACUAUGGCAGAAUGCGGCCGUUACUACAGGGGAGAAUGCGUCCUGAAAGACUCCACCGACGUCCAGUAUUCAAACAACUGCGCCAUCGUGGGCAACAGCGGCAUCCUGACCGACAGCCUUUGCGGUAAAGAAAUCGACUCGAACGAUUACGUCAUCAGGCUGAACCUCGCCCCCACUCAUGGUUACGAAAAGGAUGUCGGGUACAAAACCAACCUAACAGUUCUCAACAAAAGUUUAAUGAGGAAAGUUAAGGCUAGCCUAGCCUUAGGUUAUGAAAAGGAUCUCUACUCCAAACGACUAAGACUGUUGAACGGUACAACUUUCUGUUUUCCGAAGGAAGGGGAUAAACUGGCUUUGUUUGGCGACUUCUUUUUGUCAGUGAUGGCGAAUAACAUCAUCAUAACUAUGAAACAUUACCCAUACAACCUGGAACAUCUUACAGCAAGCAUCAUGAAGAGAAUUUUACGACAGGGGCAGUUCGGACAACCAACCACCGGCAUGAUCGCCGUCGUCAUGGCAACAACGUUCUGUUCCAGAAUCAAUCUGUACGGCUACUACCCGUUCCCGAAAGACCAGGCGAACCGGACCAUACCGUACCACUACUUCUAUGACGUCAAAAAGGCCAAACCGGACAAGAGGCACAACUUUCUAACAGAGUUCCGUUUCCAUCAACUGUUGCACAAGGACAGAGUCUUGCGACUAGUUACGACAAAAUGCUCGUAGCUCUUUUAUUGUAAAAUGGUGUAGAAAUGG